AAACGACGUAUACGAAAUCAACUAAACUUUUGAAAUAGUUUAAUAAUCCUGUGAAUGGCAUCCAAUACUCCUGCAACAAGCGCAAGAGUGGUACUUUCAGUAUUUGAAAAAUACCAAAAAGAGCGACUGCUAUUUGUCCAGACUGUUGCCGACUUGGCGUCGCGUGAAGGCAAUAUUGAUGCUCUACAGAGUGCUGGGGUGAUGUCGCUGCUGAGGCCUCUUCUCCUCGAUAAUAUUCCGGCAAUUCAACAGGCUGCAGCACUUGCUCUUGGUCGCCUUGCUAAUUACAACGAGGAGCUUGCUGAGGCAGUUGUUGAAUCUGAUAUACUUCCACAACUUGUUUAUUCUCUUAGCGAACAGAAUCGUUUCUAUAAAAAAGCCGCUGCAUUUGUUUUACGUGCUAUUGCUAAACAUUCGGCUGGUUUGGCUCAGUCUGUCACGGAUUCCGGUGCUCUGAAUGCACUUGUUGCUUGUCUUGAAGAAUUUGACCCAGGAGUGAAAGAAUCUGCAGCUUGGGCAUUGGGGUAUAUUGCUCGUCAUAAUUCUGAACUCGCGCAGACUGUUGUUGAUGCAGGUGCUAUACCGUUACUGGUUUUAUGUGUCCAAGAGCCAGAACUAUCUCUUAGACGCAUUGCAGCUUCAGCACUGAGUGACAUUUCAAAACAUUCUCCAGAGCUUGCUCAAUCGGUGGUGGAUGCAAACACAAUUUCGUUUAUCACCCCAUUACUGUCUAAUCCGGAUGCCAAACUGCGUCGACAAGUGUGCUCAGCGCUAUCUCAGAUUGCAAAACACACUGUAGAUCUGGCAGAAACCGUUGUAGAUGGAGAAAUCUUCCCCAAUGUCCUUACUUGUCUUAAAGAUACCGAUGGGUAUGUCAAAAAGAAUGCUGCUACUUUGAUCUGCGAAAUUGCCAAGCAUACUCCAGAGUUGGCACAGCUAAUUGUCAACUCUGGAGGAAUUGCUGCCGUGGUUGAUUAUGUCAACGAAACAUCUGGAAAUGCCAGUCUUCCUGGUAUCAUGACCCUUGGCUAUAUUGCAGCGUUUUCUGAGACUUUGGCUCUUUCGGUAAUUGUUUCCAAAGGCGUUCCUCCGCUUUCAAAUGCACUGGUUUCUGAAUCUGAGGAACACAUCAAGGCUGCCUGUGCUUGGUCGCUUGGACAAAUAGGUCGCCAUUCUCCCGACCAUGCCAAAACUCUUGCUGACCAUGCUGUGUUGCCCAGGCUUCUGAAUGUACUCACUAUGGCUACCGAGGAUAAUGAAGAGGCAGGAGCUGAUCUUAGAAUCAAAACAAAAAGAGCCUUGAAAUGUAUCUUGGAAAAGUCGCUACACAUGGAUGCUCUUGAGCCACUUCUUCAGCUCUCUACUCCGCCUAGCGUUUUGAAGUAUGUUGCUGGACAGUUUGCAAAAAUCCUUCCUCAUGAUGUUGCAGCGCGCCGUGCCUUUGUUACAUGUGGAGGUUUACAGCGCGUGCAAGAUAUUGCAAACAGUUAUAGCUCAUCUACUCAGCAAGGUGGUACCCUUCCAAAUGGACUUUCUGGAACUAAAAUGGGCGAAUACAUUCGUAUAAUUAACGAAUGUUACCCAGAAGAAAUUGUGCGCUACUACUCCCCUGGGUACUCUGCUACACUUCUUGAAAAGAUUGAUGAAUACAGCCAUAUGCAAGAUUUGCCUACAGCCAAUAUGGCUGGAAAGGUUAAAAGCGUGCACUCUAGUGUUGCUCAGCCUAUAACUGGCACGGGACCUUCUAUGAAUGACACAAUUCCACAAAGUGUUCUUGUUUAAUUUGGCAACACUACCUAAUAAAGGAAAUGAUCAGAU